AUAUUCAUGGCUUUUAAACCUAAUAUGGAUUUGAAAAAUCAUGGCUUUUAGUUUAUAAAACCACUUAUCAGCAGAAUUUUUUUUAAACUCAACAAAUUCAUCAUUUCCUUUAGGUUUUCAUCACUUUCAUCUCUACGCCCUUUUUCACCCUUUGGACUCGCAGGAGUGGUAGUCCCUCCGCCGCUGGACUGGAACGUAACCUCAAACGUCCACUUAUCGUGUCCAGUUCUUAAACGUCACAUUAGACAUCCCUACGCCACAAGAUGGGUAAGGAGGACCGGACAACCUGGAAAGCCAAGUACUUCUCCAAAUUAGUUCAAUACUUGGAAGAAUACCCAAAAUGUUUCAUUGUGGGCGCAAACAAUGUCGGCUCAACACAGUUCCAAAAGAUCCGUGUGUCACUCCGAGGAACUGCCAUCGUCCUCAUGGGUAAGAACACUAUGAUGAGGAAAGCUAUCCGUGGUCACAUUGAACACAACCCAGCUCUUGAAAAAUUACUGCCUCAUAUUGUUGGCAAUGUUGGUUUCGUGUUCACGCGUCAAGACCUCGUCGAAGUCCGUGACAAGCUUCUCGAGAACAAAGUGCAAGCCCCUGCCAGAGCUGGAGCCAUUGCUCCUGCCCCUGUCGUCAUCCCCGCCCAAAACACCGGUCUUGGUCCGGAAAAGACUUCUUUCUUCCAGGCUCUUUCCAUCCCCACCAAGAUCUCCAAGGGAACGAUUGAAAUUGUGAGCGAUGUCCACAUUUUAAAAGAAGGUGACAAAGUAGGUCCCAGCGAAGCAACUCUACUCAACAUGUUGAACAUUUCUCCGUUUUCGUAUGGUUUAGUUGUUCAUCAGGUCUACGAUUCUGGUACUGUUUUCGAACCCAGAGUUUUGGAUAUCAAACCAGAAGAUCUUCGUGUUAAAUUCUUGGAGGGAGUCGCGAGAGUUGCUGCAACUUGUCUCAAGAUUGGAUAUCCGACCAUCGUCUCUGUGCCUCACAGCAUUGUCAACGGAUUCAAGAAUCUGUUGGCCGUUGCUGCGGCUACUGAGAUUACAUUCAAGGAAGCUGAGACUGUGAAGGAGUUCUUGAAGGAUCCCAGCAAGUUUGCUGUUGCCGCAGCACCAGCUGCAGCUGCCGCCGCUGCCCCAGAGGCCAAAAAAGAAGAGAAGAAAGAGGAAAGCGAAAGUGAGGAUGAUGACAUGGGCUUCGGUCUCUUUGACUAGAUUCUACACUCUUGACUUAACUUCUGACGCUUCUUUUUUGACUGUGAAGAGCCAGACUUUUUAUUAUUAAAGUAUUUUUUUUACAACA